UUAAAAUAUUUCAUAUUUUCGCUCUCCUUCUUUACAUCAACAGCCCCGUUUAAACCUUAGCAAGAAAUAGAAAAAUCUGGGUUUCAAUGGCAUCUCUGAUCCCAAUUUCCCAGUCCCACGCCUUUCUCAAAAGACCCAACCUUAAACCACCUCCACCUCCCAAUUUCUCUUCCAGUUUUGUCCUCAAGGAUUUCCCAUCUUCCAAAGCUCUGUCUCUUAAACUCCCCAGGAUGGUUACUAGGAACGUCGUCGUAUCGGCCACGACGGCGGAGAAGCACAGGAAGAGGUACCCCGGAGAGGCUAAAGGGUUUGUGGAGGAGAUGAGGAUCGUGGCUAUGAAAUUGCAUACUAGAGACCAAGCCAAGGAAGGAGAGAAGGAAGUGAAACAACCUGAAGAACGGACCGUUAAGGUAUGGGAGCCCACUGUCGAUGGGUACUUGAAGUUCCUUGUUGACAGCAAGUUGGUUUACGAUACGCUUGAAGGGAUUAUUGAUAAGGCUGCUUUUUCUAGCUAUGCUGAAUUCAGAAACACUGGAUUGGAAAGGUCCGAGAAGUUGGCGAUGGAUUUACAGUGGUUCAAAGACCAAGGUUAUGCCAUUCCAGAACCAUCUUCUCCCGGUGUUACGUAUUCCGAGUAUCUUAAAGAACUAUCUGACAAGGAUCCACAAGCAUUCAUAUGCCAUUUUUACAACAUUUAUUUUGCCCACUCAGCUGGUGGCCGGAUGAUUGGGAAAAAGGUGGCUGAGAAGAUACUUGACAACAAGGAGUUGGAAUUUUACAAAUGGGAUGGUGACCUUUCCCAGCUGUUACAAAAUGUGAGGGACAAGCUGAAUAAAGUUGCUGAGAGCUGGACUCGAGAGGAGAAGAACCAUUGCUUGGAAGAAACUGAGAAAUCGUUCAAAUAUUCAGGGGAUAUUCUUCGAUUAAUAUUGUCAUAGUAUGCCAGCCAUAACUUGUUCUGGUAUGUGUUUUCAAAUAUAGAAUUGUUGUGUUUUGAUAUGGGAUUCCAAGUCAAUACUCAACACUGUGGACUGAACUUGUAAACAUAUUUCUCAAUAUUUACUUGUAUUCCUGGAACUUUGUUCCUUCUAAUACUGUUCAGCUACAUGUAAA